CGGUCGCGCGACGCGCGUCGCGAUGUCCGCGGCUUUCGCGUCGACGUCUACAUCGACGUCGACGUCGACGUCGCGCGCGCGGUUGGACGCGGCGGCGCGGCGGCGCGGUGGACGACGCGCGAGCGCGCGCGCCGCGCCUCGGGCCUCGCGCCGUCGCGAGGCUUCGCGCGUCGCCGCCGCCGCGCUCGACGGCGGCGGGCUCGGUGGGUUCGGUGGGAACGACGACGACGGCGCGCGGCGUUGGCGCGACGACGACGACGAUCCCGACCACGACGGGGCGUCGAGGAAGUUUAACGCGUGGAUGAGGUUGUUCGCGGGGGCGGUGGCGCUCAACUGGACGACGCACGAGGUCAUCGCGUGGAACGAUCGACCGGCGCACGACGCGCCCGAUGACGACGCGUGGGAGCAAAAACGCGUCUCGAUCGUGGUCCCGGCUCGGAACGAAAGCAAGGCGAUCGGGCGGUUGUUGAAGCAACUGCGACGCGCGCUCGAGCCCGAGGCGGCGGAGGUUAUAGUCAGCGUCGGCGACUCGGUGGAUGACACGGCGGCGAUCGCCGCCGCGCACGGCGCGAUCGUGGUUUCGGGAGCAAAGGGACGAGGGAAUCAGAUGAACGCGGGCGCGCGAAUCGCGACUGGGGAUUACGUAUUGUUUUUGCACGCGGAUACGACGCCGCCGGCGGACGUCGUGGACGUCAUUCGUCGACAGCUUCGCGAUCAAAAGACCGUCGUGGGCGGGUUCGUGUCGCUCAUAGAGACCAAGUCGCGCACGUUUUGGGCGAUGUCGUAUCACAACGUCGUCAAGACGACGUAUUGCGCUGUGAUUAGUCGCCCUUUUGGCUACCUUCGAGGCUUUCGCAUCCUGUUCGGCGACCAAGCCAUGUUUUGUCGCCUCGACGAUUUUAACGCCGUCGGCGGCUUCGACGGUUCGCUGUCCAUCAUGGAAGACGCGGAUUUAUGCGUGCGCAUGCACGUCAAAGGUCGCGGGCGGUACCGCGGACGAGUGAAGCUCUUGGACCGCGUCGUCACCACCUCGGGCCGACGUAUAGAGCAACUCGGCAACUUCAAGGCGACGUGCAUACACGUCUUGAUCGCGUGCAGCUGGAACUUUGGCGUCGGUCCGGAGAAAUUGCGUAAACUGUACGACUGGUGUUACCGCGACGUGCGGUGACGCGCGCGGCGUCGGCGCCCUUU